AAACUAAUUUUUAUUCAAACGAAACAAUACUGGCAUUCUCCUAAGUGCAUACAGCUUGCCACGCACCUCCUCAACCACGCGGCACCGGCAACCGCAAUGAGCGGCGGUUCGUCAAGUGAGGACCCACACGGCGUUCAGCCAGCCCGAUGGGCUGUUGGGCCGCCCGCUCCCAAGGCCAUUGCCUGGCUUGCGCGCGCCACGAGCCUUGCCAUCCUCAUCCUAAUUGGGCACUGGGUGCACGUAACGCUGGGCGGCGUGGGCCUGCACCCCCAGCCGCUGCCUGACGGCUCAGGGAACGACACCGGCAAGCUGUUCAACUGGCACCCCAUCCUGAUGACGCUGGGGUUCGCCGUGUUCAUGGUGGAGGCGUUGCUCACCUACCAGGCGCCGCUGCUGGCGUCCCUGCCCAGGGAGACACGCAAGCGCAUCCACUGGGGCUGCCAUUCGGCGGCUAUCAUCUGCCUGGCAUUGGGGCUCAUCGCGGUGCUGCAGUCACACCGGCUCAAGCUGCCCGUACCCAUGCCCGACUGGUACUCGCCGCACAGUUACCUGGGCAUCACGGCGCUGGUGCUGCUGGCCCUUCAGUUUGUAUUGGGCGCCUACGCCUACCUGUGGCCGCGGCUGUCGCUGCCUCAGCGCAUGGCGCUGGGGCCGCUUCACCGCUACCUGGGAGCCGCCACCUGGCUGGCAGGGCUGGGCGCCAUCGCCACCGGGCUACAGGAAAAGAUCACCUUCAUGCAGAUGAGCAAGGUGGUCACGGGCGCGGCGCUGUACGGACCGGCUGUCCGGGUGCCGGCGGCGGUGCUGGUGCUGCUGGUGGUCCUGGCAGCUCUGGUGCUGUACUUCCAGGUGCCGCCGCCUGCCAAGCACGCGGGUGCGGUGGCGGUGGGCGCGGAUGGGAGCGGUGCAGGUGGCGGCGCCGCCUCUACACAGGGCCUCCUGCGUGGCGGCGCGCCCGCAUUGCCGGGUGAUGAGGUGUACGAGGAUGAGGAGGCCGCACGACACCGCGCCUACUAGUUCGGCUUCUGUGUGCGUGACGGUGGCGCCCAGAGUGCCCCAGGCGGUGUCUCAGGUCGCGGAGACGCCAGCGCAUGGAUGGUAUGUUUGCGGAAGGGUGAGCGGUGUGGAGGACAUGCGAGCAGUGGGCUCGGCCAGACUGCUCCGACGACGCUCACUCGGGUGCGUCACCUUGAUGUACUCGGUGCAUAUUCAUGCUAUGGCAUGUAAAUACGCAAGCUGGGCCUUGAGCAUACAGCGCUGACAGCGCUGACAGGUCAAGAGGCACCUUCUGCCUCACGGGCCACACAAGCAAGAUGGCUGAGGGUUCAGGUGGGCCGUGGAUGGAGGGUUGGACGGCCGAACGGGUGCGUCAGGGCUGGGCGCCAUCGCCACCGACUGUACAUAACUUCGACGAGCCUCGGAGCAGUGCUGCAAAGUAUGAUCGAUGAGUUAAGGCCACACUUCAGCCGCUGGCUGGUGAGAAAAAAAGGUGCGGAUGAGGGGCAGUCCUUGCGGGAUAAGUCGGGACGUGGUUGGCAGUAUCUGAGCUUAACGAUAAAGAACGCAACGUUUAACUGCAUGCACUGGGUGCGUACAGUUUACUCAGCGGAAAUUAUGUGUGUCAGUCAGCAGGUCGGGUUUCGCUGCUAGUUCGCCAAUAUGUCUUGCAAACAAAUUCAAUACAAACACGUGACUAUUUCAAUUUAAGGACUGUA